AUGGAGAGCAAUGAGAGAGAAGGAGCAUCAGGUGCUCUACGACGAAAGUCCCAGCAUGCCAUCGUGGCGAAAUCACGCCAGCAGAAAAACCCAAUCAUCAAUUGCGUGAGGUCCACUCACAUUGAUUUCGUUGAAGACAGCGAGCUCAAGCCAGAUUUCUUGGCAGGACCAGAGACAGCCGUGAUUUUCAUCAGCCUCAAGUUCCAGCGAAUCCAUCAAGAAUACUUGAAGGGGCGCGUGCAAGCUUUAGGUGACUUUCGCAAUCGCGUGCUGCUCUGCCGAGUGGACCUGGAACAGCCCGAUGAGAGCUUGGAACAGGUGACGUUGGCCGCCUUUCACGGAAAACUGUCCCUGUUGCUCGCUUGGACGGACGCGGAGGCCGCGGCUUACCUGGAGACGCUACAUCGGUAUCAAAGCAAGGGAGCGGAGGCGCUCCAAAAGAGGGUGACACAGGGAGACAACAGGGCCCGUCUCCUCGAGGUCCUGACCACCAUCAAGGGAAUCAACAAGACGGAUGCUGCCUCGUUGACAUCCCGGUUUGGGUCCUUUGCUCAGAUUACACGCUCGACUGACGAGGAUUUCCUGCGCUGCCCUGGCAUCGGCGACAAAAAGGUGAAGCAGCUGGCCAGCGUGUUGCACAAGCCUUUUUUCCCGAACGGAUGA